UAUUUUGGAGACUCGCUCCUGCAGCAGCGACUCGGAAGAAGGAAAUAAUGAUCAGUGUCUACAAGUAGACUGCAUUCAGUCUGAGGUCGAGUAGAAGGUAACCAUGGCAAUGACUGGUCAGACGUCCUGUUCCUCCAUGAGCAACCACACCAAGGAGCGGGUCACGAUGGCCAAAGUGACCCUGGAGAACUUCUACAGCAACCUGAUCUCCCAGCACGAGGAGAGGGAGAUGAGGCAGCAGAAGCUGGAGAAGGUGAUGGAUCAGGAGGGACUUGCUGAUGAAGAGAAGCGUAUUCGGCGCUCUCAGCAUGCACGGAAGGAGACCGAGUUUCUGCGACUGAAACGAACCCGUCUUGGAUUGGAUGACUUCGAGUCACUCAAGGUGAUUGGCCGUGGAGCUUUCGGAGAGGUUCGUCUGGUUCAGAAGAAAGACACAGGUCACGUGUAUGCCAUGAAGAUCUUGCGCAAAGCUGAUAUGCUUGAGAAGGAACAGGUUGGCCAUAUACGUGCCGAAAGAGACAUCCUGGUGGAGGCGGACAGUCAGUGGGUAGUGAAGAUGUUCUAUAGCUUUCAGGACAAGAUGAACCUGUAUCUCAUAAUGGAGUUUCUACCUGGAGGUGAUAUGAUGACUCUGCUGAUGAAAAAGGAUACUCUGACCGAGGAGGCUACGCAGUUUUACAUCGCUGAAACGGUGCUAGCCAUCGACUCCAUCCACCAGCUGGGUUUCAUCCACAGAGAUAUUAAACCUGACAACCUGCUACUGGAUUCAAAGGGCCACGUGAAGCUGUCAGAUUUCGGCUUGUGUACGGGGCUUAAAAAGGCUCACAGGACAGAAUUCUACAGAAACCUCAACCACAGCCUGCCCAACGACUUUACAUUCCAAAACAUGAACUCAAAAAGAAAAGCAGAGACGUGGAAGAGAAACAGGAGACAGCUGGCUUUCUCCACUGUUGGAACCCCUGACUACAUUGCUCCAGAAGUGUUUCUGCAGAACGGAUACAAUAAACUCUGUGACUGGUGGAGCCUCGGGGUCAUCAUGUACGAGAUGCUUAUAGGUUAUCCCCCUUUCUGUUCAGAGACUCCUCAGGAGACGUACAGGAAGGUGAUGAAUUGGCGGGAGACGCUGACUUUCCCCCCGGAAGUUCCCAUUUCAGAGAAGGCAAAGGAUCUUAUUCUGAGGUUCUGCUGUGAGAGUGUUGACAGGAUUGGUGCUAAUGCAGUUGAAGAGAUUAAAUCCAAUCCUUUCUUUGAAGGGGUGGAUUAUGACCAUAUCAGGGAGAGACCGGCUGCCAUUCCAAUCGAGAUUAAAAGCAUCGACGACACCUCAAACUUCGACGAGUUUCCAGAUUCGGACAUCCUCCAGCCAACUUCGUCUGUAGUGACCAACCACAGUGAAGCUGAUUUAAAGAACAAAGACUGGGUCUUCAUUAACUACACGUACAAGCGCUUUGAGGGCCUGACCGCCCGUGGGGCUAUUCCCUCCUAUAUGAAAUCAGGGAAGAGAUAAACACACACCCUUCAUGAAGCUUGUGUUUAUCCUUUUAAAGGAGCCCUUUUCCAUUGCUUCUCACCGCUGAGGAUCGGUCAACAUCUCCAAACUCCAAAGUCUGUUUCCUGUUACGGGCCAUGCUGUGAUGCAUUCAUGGUAGUGGACUUUUUCUCCACUUCCAGCACUUGUCCUACUUUUAUUUUUAUUUUUUUUUUUAUAAACCCAAGCUUUUUCAGUAGAAGCUGUAAAAGCUGUUUCUAGUCAUUUGUUUUGACUGGGAAUGUAAAAUUUGGGGCCAACAACUUUGAAAAGAAUUUUUUUCCCCUAUCAAAUAGAGAGUAUUUUUUUUUUUUAAUUCUGAUGAAUAAUUAAUUUAGAAAACUAGAAUGUGGCCAGUCCACUGUCAAGCAGGGGGUUGAUUUGUGUUGGUGUCAUUUACCUUCUGUAAAAAAAAGAAAAAAAAGAAUUCUGCUCUGCUCCUAAAGAUCUGCUGUAGAAAUCUUAAAAAAAAAAAAAAAUACAUUUUAUAUAUAUAUAUAUAUAUAUAUAUAUAUAUAUAUAUAUAUAUAUAUAUAUAUAUAUAUAUAUAUAUAUAUAUAUAUAAUAUAGGAUUUCAGAAAGAGAAAAAACACAAGACUCUCUGCAAAGUCCAAGAAUUUAGACGCAUUUGAUUUUUAGUUUUUACAUUUUAUUGUUCUAUAUAAUGACUCUCAGUGCUUACCAUCACAUACUUCACCUAAUGGCAAUGGCAAAAUGCAAGGGGCUUCUCUUUUUUUAUGCAAACAGUUUUCAAUGCUUGAAAGCCUAAUAUAAUGUUUGGGAACCUGCCUCCAGGGACAAACAUUGCCUUAAAUUUGGAUACUAGACGAAUGUUCCAGUAAUCCCUUGUUACACCAGCACAAUGUCCCUCUACCAGACAAAUGUUUUGGGUUUUUUUUUCCUUUGUAUAUUUUUUCUUCGUCUGUUUACUUUCUUUACAGUAUACCAGCCAGUGAUAAUGACCAAGUAACGUUUUCUAGACCAGCUUAUUUUUCGUGAUUCUGCACUGCAGCUGAAGCUUCAUCCUGUAAUUUUUCCAUUUGCUGGAUGUUCGCUCUCGACCUAAAUUUGAAUUUCUUUUCCCUAAAAGGGCUCACUGUUCAUGUUUACCUUGUUCAGUUUGGGAACAAAUCACGAGUUGGAUGAUCGGAGCCGUUCAGUGUGCUGAAUGCGCUUACUUGAUGAUCUUACUCAGCAGUCUUCCAUGUUGAUCCUGGGCUGAAAAGCAUGUUAAUAGCUAAAGCAAUAUAUUACCAAAGACUUACUUUUAGCAGCUGAUGCACCCUUGUUAUGCCUUCUGAGAUGCUUGAUUUGUACUGGAAAUUUGUAGAAAAGCACGUCUAAUAGAGUAACGGCAAAAAAAAGUCUAUUUAUCCCAGGACAGUCUACUGUCAUCAUUUUAGUAUGGCUAGGUGUUGUUGCACUAUUGUACUGAUGUAUAGGAGCGUUUAAGGGAGACAUUGCAUGACUCGCAUAGGUCUCGCCCCGGUUAGAUGUCCGCAGGUUCCUUCGUCAGCAUCAUGUUCAAACAGAAUCCCAUUCUCAACGAAACUGAGCUGUUUGCAUCGUUACACUGUCGUAGGCAAGACUAAUCAAAUCAAGAUUUAGCGUUGACUCAGCUGGAUUUUAUGCAGGCUAUUAGAGCUAACCGUAUUUUUCAUCAGAACGCUUAACACGUCUGCUGAAUUGUGAAUAUCGUUUCUUCCUGUCUGACUGGAGCAGGACACAAUAAGUACGUUUCUUAUUUUGCAAUGCACAAAAUGCUGUCUGUUAAUUCAGUAACUAUCCUCAUGGCCUCACGAAUCCAAAAAUGCUGUUGAUUUCUGAUCAAAAGAAAAAGCACGAUUGGUGGAUUUUUCUUUUUUUCACCCCAAAUGCUGUAGUUUUUAUAUUUCGGGAGCUGUACAAGGGAGCGUUGGAUUUUGUAAAUUCGAGCAUUAUUAUUAUAUCGAUCCUGUAGAUCACAUGUUCUGCUUGGAUGCUUUUGCAUGAGUGCUGCUCAAAUGUUGGAUGAUCUCUGAGUGGCACCGAGUACAUGUUGCAUUCAUUUUAAACUUUAUUCUUCUGUUCUUGUGGGUUUGGCCUUCUGUUCCAGCACUGCGCAGUUUAUUACUUUCAAACGAAACGAUUCUCCUACAGUUAGACCUCAGCAGUGAGAUACUCACCCAAAACGUGCUGAAGUGACUCGUUCUCAAAACAGAACUUGAUCUGCUGUGUAUCGUUUUAGGACUAUCGGGCCUCGUUUAUCAAGCUGGAUACAAAUAUGUUUAUUUGUGUUAUUUCUGUACAGUCCAGUUAGUCUGGGAAAACGUUUAUAUCCAGCGUGAACUACGGGGUCUGGUUAAAUUUACAGAUAAGGAGACUUACUAAUGCAAAACUUAACCAAUGGGCUUCAAAUCAUAUAAUCACAAUAACUUACACACAUUUAUGCAAAUGAAGCAUUUUAUAUAAAAGAAAGAAAGUAAAACGGACCAGCUCGAUAAACGAAUACAAACAAGACUAGCUAUACUAUUGUCUGAAUGUCUGAAUUUUUGGCUCGUUUGGUUUCUAAAACAGAAUUUUUGCAAAAGACUGAUAAACGAGGCCCUGAGUUUAGAGCUCGAAUUGCACUGUUUAAAAGAAGAGAUCUUGAAUUUUCGAGAACGUUCUGUUGCACAGAAGUUUGGGCGUGAGUGAAAUGGUGUGCAUUUGAUUUCCUCUUAUAGUUUGUACAGUACACAGAGAAGGAUUUUGAAUGUUUUAAUAACACACUGGUCCAUUUCUAUUUACUUUUUCACACGAUCAUUACAGUAGCUUAGUCUUUCUGACUAAUUUCUGAAUAUUUAUAUACUUACUAGAACCUUCUGGAAUAAAAUCAGCACGUGUGUUUGUAUGUUUAAAGGGUUUGUAUCGUAAUGGAUUUACGGCUUAUUUAUUCAAACCAGGAACGUGUAUGAGAGUAUCCCUGGAUUUUUGAGAAGAAUGGCGAACAAGAAUGAGCUUGCUGUUCUUUUUUUUAAAGUAUAAAAGAUAAUAUAAAAACUGCUCCUGGGUUCUGUAAUAUUGCGUUCUACUGUGAGACGAUGAAGUCGGGCCUCUCUGCCUUAAUAUUACGUUUGUAGAUUGUAGCAUCACCUCAAAGAGCACCUUUUACUGGUUUGUUAUUGAGAGAGCUUGUGGUGAGCACACAAUUUUAAUGUUAUCAUUCAAUAAAGCACCAGUUUAUUUA